AUGUUCUUUCAUCUUAUUGUUGCUUGUCUGGACUUCGUUCUUUUGUCAAUUUUUUCCUUCAUUUCACUAAGACUUUUUUAUUUUUUUCUUUCAUUUUCCUUUAAUUCUGCCAUUCUUUAUAUUUCUCAUUCUAUCAUUAAUUUCUUCAUUUUUAUUAUUUGUUUAUUUUCUUUUAUUAUUCUUUUUCAUUCUUCAUUCCAUCCUUCUUUACUUUUUUUCCUUCACAUUUUCUUUCUUUAUUCUUCCAUUUUUCUUUUUCUAUGUUUAUUUACGAUUUCUUUCAUUCUUCUUUGUUCGUUCUUUCUUUUUUCUUUCAGUUCAUUCAAUUUUUUUAUUCUUUGGUUUUUCUUCUUUCUUCGUUUUAUUUAUUCAAUUCUUUUUUUUAUUAUUAUUCAUUUUUUUCCUCGUUUGCUUUAUUUUUUCCUGUAUUCUUUAUUCAAUAUUUUACUUUUUUUUUUUUGUCUUUUUGCGAUUUUACAUUUUCUUUCUUUUGUCUUCAUUCUUUCUUGGUUUUUCAGUCUUCGAUCAUUUAUUUUACUUCAUUUUUAUUUCUUUUUCAUUUAUCUUUUUAUAUCUUUCUUUUUAUUCAUAUUUUCAUUUUUAUUUUAUUUUUCAUUCAUCUACAUUUAUUUUUCCGUUUCCUUUCUUUCAUUUAUUCGAUUUUCCUUUACAUCUUUAUUUUUCUCACUAAAUUGUGCCUUCCAUUUUUUUCUUUCAUUUCUUUCUACUUUUUUUCUUUCAUUCUUACGCGCUUGUUUUAUUCUUUCUUUAUUCUUUUCUCAAUAUUUUUUAUUUUCAUCCUCAUUUUUUCUCCAUAACUCCUUUCCCGUGUUUUUGACGAGGACUUUUCUCUCUCUCUCUCUCUCUCUCUCUCUCUCUCUCUCUCUCUCUUCCCCCAUCUCUCCAUUCUCUCUCUCUCUCUCUCUCUCUCUCUCUCUCUCUCUCUCUCUCUCUCUCUCGUGA